AUGCCUGUGAAGGACGAGGACCGGGAUCGCCAACGCAGGAGUCGGAGAGAAAAAGACAGGGAACAACGUCGCCCUCGAUAUCGCUCCCCACCAUCGUUAUUCGAAGGAGAUGCUGUUGAGAAGGAAGGCAGCAGACAUUCUGAUACGAGAGACGAGAGACGGACUCCGAGGAUAUUCCAUAGGACAAGACCAAGCGAACUCACAACAAGAGAAAGGGAUCGAAGGAGAGCUGUCACAGGAGAUUGUAGGUUGAACUCGUCAAAUCUCUCCAUGCCCGCCACCGACUCGAAUUCCCGCCCCUCCUCUGCCUUUUUUGUGGAGUCGAAGCCCAAUUUGCCAUAUCCGUCAUUUUCCAAAGCGCAUAGCAAGGAAGCGGUGGGGUUUCUGGGGAGCAGGGAAAACAUCGGGCAACCCAAAGUGGAUAUCUUGACGCCUGAACCAACUGAUCUAACUACGGGAGAAGAAACAAAUGGCAAGACAAGAGGAGAAGAUAUCAAUCCUACCGAGCAGGAGAAGGCAUCCAGACGGCAUAGCGCUCACCGCUCCCCUCCAAGCCCCCCGUUAACGAACCUUGACCAACAGUCUACAAGGAGAGAGAGCACCGCAGGUGGGAGCAAAAAAUCGGAGGAGAAACGGAGUGCAACGAAGAGUCAGGAUGAAAAGAAGAAACAUAGGCCCAACCCCAUAUCCAAGGAGUCCACCUCAAGCAUGCGCCGCAAGUCAGAUGAAGGUUCGAAAACGAGCAGCAGAGGGUCAGGACCAAGUACCCCUGGGAAGUUAUUGUUUGAAUCUCUCCAGUCUCAGCACAACAAGUCUCCAACCAGCGGAAAUACAUCCAAAUCAAGACAACUAGGGAGGAGUGACUCAGCCAAACAGAUCAUCCCGCCGAAAAGCAAAGCCCUCAUCUCCUGA